AUGCCAUCAAAUGAAGGCCAGGCACCAGGUCCAGAGAACCGUGGGUUCAGUACUGGACCAGGAUCCUCCACUAAUCAAUUGUUGUAUCCGGAUUGCCCUACCACAUAUGGCCUGAGUGUGAAAAGGUUUAGGACAGACGAGGAGGAGAAGGCAGCAAAAAUCAGUGAUAUUACCCACAAAAAGCAUCUUGCAAUGGGUGCAACAUCUAAAGCUAAUAAGGCUCAUCUCAGGAAUAUUCAGUCUGCACUUUCCAGGUCCCACAAAACCACAAUUGAAGAUGUCUCUGACUCUGAGGAGGAGUCGGACUCGAGCUGCAGUGAUUCUGAGGAUGAUAUAGGGUUCAGUGUGGAAGAAGGGGAAAAUAAAUCCUCUUUCGAGCACAGGAUACUGCUGUCAAAGGAGAAAGACAGAGGUCAAAAGAUACCAGGAGGCCAAAGCAUUACUCCGGAAACUCAACUCGGACCCUAUGACAUCAUGCUCUGGAAAGGAAAAGGAUUGCAGAAACAAAUCAGGCUUUUAUCAGCAGCUGGAUUAAAAAGAAGCCAGAAGUGGUGGGUGUCCAAGUCAAAGACAUUGUUAUGGAAUCUCCAUUUGAUCAUGAGCGAAAAGGAUGAACGAAUUCAGAAAAUGCUGGAAGACAUACGGAAUGGACAGCCACCCUGUGAUGACAGUCCAGAGACCUUCACAGAUUCAGUUCUCAAUGCUAUGGAUUACAAAGACUUCCCUGCUUUACGUCGUGCCCAUGCGAAAAUUGCAGUAAGCAGCAAAGACAAGAAGCUUGAUGUGGUUUUCCGCUCUCGUAUCACAGCAAUGCUUGGUGCUUUGAACCUCUACCUUGAUCCAGAGCUGUCAUAUGGUUGGCAUGAAGCAUUCCUCGUGGCAUCGAAAUCACUAGGCCAAGACCUGGAUUCAUCAGUUUCUCCGUAA